AUGCAGAUUUUCGUUAAAACAUUGACUGGGAAAACGAUCACUUUAGAGGUUAGUGUAAUUUAUUUGGUGACACGUGCGUUCAGAUUAAACGCUUUUACGACUGAUUUAGUUUACGCAAACCAGAGGGAAUGGCCCGUACCGAUAUUUUUAAAACGUUCCAGUAAUGCUAUGGCAAGGAUGUUUUAUUUCCGUACACAUUUACGCUAACUUACUGGUAUUAAGGCUAAAAUGAAAAACUUUGAAUGGUUAAAUUUCCUUCCAACCCCAUACAUAUAAAACUUAUUAUGCGUGCAGCAAUUUCACACAAAUAGUUAACAUGAGUCGAAACAUGUACGCAUAUUGAAUGUAUGGGGCUUUAUGGAAGUCUUACCAGAAUUUUAUCUCAAGUUUACCCUGGCAGGGAGCAACUAUAUUUGUAGGCUAUUAAAUCCCCAAAUUUUAGGUUUCCAUUUUCAGAUUGGUGAUCAAGUCUCACUCAUUAUCUCUAAUCAAGGCAAACUUACUUGUUCUUUAAACUUUAUACUUAUAUGUGCCCCUCUUUCUAUCUAAAACUUAUCUUUCUUGUUCUUUAAACACUUGUCAUGGCUUGCGAGCAACCGAGCAACUUACCUUGCAAGAUGGCUGUAUAGUCUGCAUCUACUACCCACCAAUGUUUUGUCUUUUCUGCCAACUUGAUAAUUAUCAAGGACAGAUCAAGAGGCACACACUGGACUGGCAGUGUAUGCCAGGUCUUUUUUACAUGUCUGUAGUUGCUUGGAAUGUCUCUUUCAUUGCUGACAAGUUGUACAAGUUAUGACUUAAUUUAACGAGCCAAAGGCCCAAACAGCCCGAGCUUAUCCCGGUUUCAUUAGCAUGAAGCACCUAGGACUAUUGCUACUCCCCCCUGGUCGGGAUGCUAGUCCAUCGCAGGGUCAACCCCCAGCAGUAUGUUGCUGGUACCCAUUUAUACACCUGGGUGAAGAGAGACAAAGUGGAGUAAAGUUACUUGCCUAAGGAAACAUCGUGACGGGCAAGGCUUGCACCCCAGACCUCCAAAUCCAGAGUUUGAGAUGUUAACCACUCAGCCACACAUGCCUCCACAUGACUUGUAUACUCUUAUUUAUUUUUUGUAGGUUGAACCUAGCGACUCAAUUGAAAAUGUAAAGACAAAGAUUCAAGACAAAGAGGGUAGGUUGAACUCUGGUUUAAUGUAAAAUAAUUUUUUAGCAAUUUGACAAAAAUAUGUUGGUUGCAUCAUAAAUGACUAGGCAUUUAAUAGGAACUCAUAUGGAAAUCUUUGACUUAUUCAGGUUCCCCUGCAAAAUUACAUUAACGUCUAGUACAGAACAAUAAUUGUUCUGUAUAAGAUUGUAAUCUAAUUUUGCAUUAAAAAAAUUCACGUUUCAGGGCUUGAAAUAAUUUCCCGGCUGGUGCCAGUCAAGUUGUCUGUUCAAACCUAUUUUUGCUCGGAUACAAACGAUUUUGGGCCAGACAAAUGUCUUUCAUCGAGCGUUAUCUGAUUGCAAUUUACAGUAAAAUACAUGCGCACUAUUAUAAAAAUACUUAAUUACAACACUACACACACUCUCCUGAAUUUGCAGUGACAACUUUAUAGAGGACAAAGCAAUAAGUUUUUAACAUGCAACUCCUGGAAAUUGAAAAACGACUGUUUCCACCCCACCGCAAAGUGUUUCUGAAAUUUCGCAUGGUCACAGAUGGCAGAUGGGGCUGUUUUUUGCCAUAAACUUGCAAAUUUACAUGUACAGUACAGCUCAGAGAUAACUGUCCACGUUAACGUGCUUCAAACUAGUUAGCAAGAAGUUUGUUGACGCGAGUCCAUUAAUGUAACACGCUUAACAAAUGGGCUUGCAUUAGAACUGAUUAGUAUGUAUGAGCUAGCGUAUUGUUCCUGGUUUAUUGUUGUCAGAAUAGCCGCAGCAAAAAGCAUAACAUUGUCUACAAGACUCGGUGAAGACUGAAACAAGGUUUCAAUUCUACACAGUAAUCGACUGCUUGAUUUCACAAUACGAAGUAGAACAAAAGACGAACAAACACAAAAUUACUUGAAGACUAAAUUUUCAGUAAUCCUCUAACUUUUCUCAGUCACANCAGAUGGCAGAUGGGGCUGUUUUUUGCCAUAAACUUGCAAAUUUACAUGUACAGUACAGCUCAGAGAUAACUGUCCACGUUAACGUGCUUCAAACUAGUUAGCAAGAAGUUUGUUGACGCGAGUCCAUUAAUGUAACACGCUUAACAAAUGGGCUUGCAUUAGAACUGAUUAGUAUGUAUGAGCUAGCGUAUUGUUCCUGGUUUAUUGUUGUCAGAAUAGCCGCAGCAAAAAGCAUAACAUUGUCUACAAGACUCGGUGAAGACUGAAACAAGGUUUCAAUUCUACACAGUAAUCGACUGCUUGAUUUCACAAUACGAAGUAGAACAAAAGACGAACAAACACAAAAUUACUUGAAGACUAAAUUUUCAGUAAUCCUCUAACUUUUCUCAGUCACAAAAAACUUUCUACUCUAUAAAAUAAUAAAAUAUACUCAGUGUUUAAUUCUUGCGAGAAAUUCCUGAACUAUGCAAAUUCAAGAUACAGUAUCAGUUGACAACUCCUCAGGAAAUUUGCAUCGAUUCACAUGAUUCGGAUGAUACUUUGCGUCAAAACAUUAAUAGAAAAUAUGUUUGAACGGCAUUUUGCAUCAUUGAAAUAGCAGAAGUCGUCAGUUCACCAGUUGAACUUUAAAACAAUCGAUGACUUUAUAUCUGUCAAAUCCACAAUUAAAGGAAGUUUGUGUAAAUAAAUGUUCGAUCAACGGUGUGUAAACAAAGUCUCAAGGCGCUUCUCGUUGCUUUUGUUCUUUUGGCUUGUCUUUCAAAUUCAACUUGCCGAUAUAUUUUUUUCAAUUGCCUGUUUGUGAAUGUCCAUUGGCAUUAUCACAGUUGAAUUUCUGGUCAUCGUUGUCUAUAGUCAGGGUGUCUUUUGUUGGAAACAUUGCUUGUACCUGAAUUGCUGUUUCGCGAUUCGGAAUAGCAUCUCAGUUUGAUAUUUCGCCCUUCGCUUUUUCUGAGACAUGAUUGUGUACAUAAAAGUUUUGCUUUGAAUAUACAUAUAAAGCUUCAGAAAACUUCAGAAACCUCCAAGAGCCUCAGAGCUUUUAAAGCAAUAUAUAGUCUCAUGCAAUGCAAUCUGCUUUUGAAACAUAGCACAAUUUUUCAUCACGGUAGUUGCGGUCAUAAGCUUGGCAAUGAAACAGUUCAUGCGUAUCAAGUUCCAUCGCAAAUAAAAACUAGCCCAAUUUUACGAGAGAUUAACUCAAGCUUUAAAGAACGCGCUAUAUUUCCUAGUAGAAUAAAAACCAUUGUUUCUCGAAAGUUUUCAAGGAUCGGGAAUGCAAUUUCAGAGCCAAAGAUUGGUCAUGUUACAGACAGACGUGUUUGGUAUAGCUGAUAGCCAGAUAAGCCCAGAAUCGUUUGAGGUUACAAAAUAGACAUGCUGUUAUUUAUAUACACUGUUUGGUUGCAUUUAGAGCAGGCUUUUGAAACCAUACUUAAAGAAAUGAAGCUUGAUAUAGAUGUCCUGGAAGAAACAUUCGCUUUAUAACUGUUAUUAGUCUUGUUUUGAGCAUACAGUCGCUUGCGCUGUCUUGUGUUAAAGCUGUGUGUCUAUGUAAAAUUAUCGAGAAAUCAGACUUGGGUGAAUCUUUUGCUUUCUGUCCUGCGAAACUCUAUCCGCGACUUGAUUCUUGACAGGCUAAGCUUGUUCUCGAUUUUAUAUCUGUUAUACAUGUAGUUACCCAGGGUAGGGAAAACAAAGCAAAAACAAUGAAGCAUUAAACAGUGCAUAACAAAAGUGAAGGCUAGUUUCAAAAACGCGCUUUCAAACCAGUUAACGAUUUUGCGUUAAUGUGAAAAAACGUGCAUGUGUUUUGCGUGUCUGUUGGUCACUUAUCUCUGAGCUGUACUGAAUCUUGAAACUUCGUCACUGCAACUAGAAAAUGCCCCAAAACUACCAGGUGUUCUCAGACUAUUAUUGCUAAAAACUGGGCACUGGCCAGUGCACGAUGUAAAAGCUUUGACAUCGGCACAUUUCUGAGCUCAUUGUUGUUUAAAAGAGCAAAUGAUGAUCUCUGAUAAAAAACAAUCUUGUGCAAGACAAUACCAAGUCCAAACGAGAUCGCAAAGCAAAUGGGGGCUUUGAACACAAAGUCGCCAGUUCUAAAAAGGUAACAUUUUAAUUUAUAAGUAGUCGAUGUUUCUGUUGUUUUUGCACAAGCUAAUGCUCAACAUUUCUCCCCUCCCCAAAAAAAGAAAAAUUGGCGUGAAAUUGUUGCUUUUUUAACGAUCGUUCCCGCAAAAUCGGCUGUUUUUUCCCGCAAAUUUGUCUCUAAAAAUCCCACGAAUUUGCUUUUUUCUGCGACUUAUCAGAGGCCCAGUGUUAUGAACGGUUUACAUCUUCUUGAUCUGGUCUCCUUUUUCUCUCUUUCUGCCCCCACUUUUUUUCCUUCACGAACAUCAAUAAUGUCCAAUCUUGACCAAUUGUAUUUUAAAAAAGUGAAGGACUGAAUUACAUUAGAAGCAUAGAAGAGCGGACAAAAUGUCCGGUCAUCUAAGGAUUUGACUGGACAAAACCUAUUUUUGACCGGACAUUGUCCGUUGACCGGCCGUUAAUUCAAGCCCUGCAUUUCUCUCAAACAGGUAUCUUUGAAAACUUAGUCGCCUGAACAUAAAAUUUACUCAUCCAAACAAACAGAAGCAAAGACCAAAAUAAAGGACUCAAUAUGGAUAAUCAUGCAAAAGCUUUUCUGAGAUGUUUCCUAGUAGUUGUUUAAAUUUGUUUUUCUAUUUCUGUGAGAAACAAUAUUUUAUGGUGAUCAAAUAAUAAGAUUAUGGUUUGAAGGAUGUACCCUUGUACAUUUAAACAAUAGAAAAUGUUUUCCAUGUUUGCAUGACCUGGUAUAAACACACGAGGCGUGGGGAGAAUUCGAGACAGUCAUGUUCAUUUUGGGUUUGCAUAACUUUUAAGAAUUCACCUAACCCCUUGAGUGUUUAUAUCAGGCUACACAAAUACAGGGAAAAAGUUUUCUUCUAUUGUGUUUAUCCAAUCAGAGUGCACGUACUAUCUUUGUUAUUGUAUAACUGCCAACUAAACAAUUUACAUCUCAAUAAUAUAAUCCCUGUUGGCUUAUACAUGUACUCCUUACAGAACUAUAAAUGUGUAUUUUGUACUCUGUGAUCUCAGUCCCAGAUCCACUGGGUGACAGCACAACUAAGUUGACAAUUGAUGUUAAUAAUAAUAGUAUUGUGUUAUUAGUAUGCUGGACAAAACUCUUCUGGAUUGAUGUUUUACUAUACAAAAAUAAAAUAAGCCAAGGAACCUUUAAAAUAUUUUUGUCCUUUAAACUUUAUUAAAUUCCACACAUGGAAAAUGUGAUCACACAAGGGAGGACUUGCAUUAAGGUGUAUCCAAACGUGGUAACUAAAUCACAAAGGUAUGCAAAAUCACCUGAUUUCUAAGAAAAACAAAUCAAAUCUUUUUCACUGAAAACAAAGUGUUGUCGUGUUAGAAUGUUGUCUCAAAAUAAAUCCUGCAGCGAAGACAACUCGGAGCACUAUAAUCCUUUCAUACAUCAGCAGUUUAGAGAGUCAAAUAUUCAAGUUAUAAUGCUACCACCAAAGGGCAAAUCGAACAGAGUUGUUUCAAGCUGCUGUGCAACAGAAUGUGAGAAAAUGGCAAGCUCCUUGGAGAAGAGCCGAGAAUAAGGUCCCCCAACUAUUCCAGAGGCUGAAAUAGCAGUGUCUGAAAUUCUUGGCCGACUACACUUUAACAAGGAAGCAUUUUGUGGCUGGUUUUAAGCGCAAGCAACAGGCCACCAUCUUCAAAACAGGUCGAAGACAGAUCUAUUGGCAAGAAGCUGGAGUUUUGAGAUGAUGAAAGUCGGAAGAAGGUGCCGUAUUUCAGUGGUGAAAUAACUUGUAGACUGUAAAUAAGUUUUUCUUCCAUUUUCUGGUUGAGUGCUUUUCAAAACAUCCAUGAACAUGUCAUGGUGACACUUUGUUAUGUGAUUCCUUUUUCUUAGAAAUCACGUGAUUUUGCAUAUAUGUACCUUUAUGAUUUUGUUACUAAGUUUGGAUAUGCUGUAAUGCAAGUCCUCCUUGCAAGGUCAACAUGAAAAUAUUUUUCCAUGUGUGAAAUUUAUAAUAACAACACAUCAAUCCAGAUCCAGAACAGUUUUGUCCAGCGUACUAAUGAUAUUGUGUUGUUCUAUAUACAACAAGACUUUCAUUAAAAAUUUACCCUUUUCCUGGUCAGGUAUUCCUCCUGAUCAGCAGAGAUUGAUUUUUGCUGGCAAACAGCUUGAGGAUGGAAGAACACUCAGUGAUUAUAACAUCCAGAAAGAGUCAACCCUACAUCUUGUCCUUCGCCUGAGGGGAGGGGGUAAGAAAAGAAAGAAGAAGAACUACACUACCCCCAAGAAAAUCAAGCAUAAGAAGAAGAAGGUGGGUGAGAUGCUCUGUUUAAGAUGGAAGCGCCAUGUUUUCAGUGAUUGCACAUUUGUCAUCUAAAGUUGUUCAUAGUCUUAUACUUUAGAAAGCAGGGUUCUCAUUAAGUUUUGAAGUAGACAGGUAGGAUGUAAAUGUAGGCAGUGUGGCAAUCAAGUGCUGUAGGCGAUUUGAGGCUUUCAGGGCCUCACUUUUCCCAUGUUCUUCCAACAGUUGAUGGCCCAGACCUCAAGGUAGCCGGUUUUCAGCCGGUUGCUGGCACUUAAUGAGAACCCUGGGAAAGUAUCAGAUAUGGUUGGCCCAGGUUCAUGCAGCUUAAAUCUGCUAUGUGAUGACCGGGACCCACAACUUAACUUCACUAACUUGUCUUCUCUAAGAGCAGAAGUUACUGAAAAUUGUGACAAACCUAAAAACGCACAUGAAAAACUAUUGUGAGCUUCAUGUGGGGUGAAGGUUUACGCUCCAGAAAUUCCAGGGGUUUUUUGUUAUUGUUGUUGUUUUUACAUGCUUCUCCUUUUUUAAAAAAGUACCUGGAGGAUCAUUUUAAUAACAAAACAGACUAAAGUGCCAUCCCUUUUAGAUAACAUGUCCGGAUAUGUGAUCAUACUUUCUGCAUUAUUACCACAUGCAAUAAAUUCUAUAAAAAGCAGUGUGAAAAAGGCAGUUUCUGAUCAUAAACCUCAAGGGGUAAACGUGAUGUUUCCUUCCACCUUUAGGUCAAGCUGGCAGUGCUGAAAUACUACAAAGUUAAUGAAAACGGCAAGAUCCUCCGCCUGCGGCGAGAAUGCCCAGGGGAUUCUUGUGGGGCCGGUGUUUUCAUGGCCAACCACUUUGACCGCCAAUACUGUGGCAAAUGUUGCCUCACCUAUGUGUAUAGCAAACCUAAAGAUGAAGGCAAACAAAAAUAA